AUGGACUCGGCGGACCCGCAACUGGCAAGAUUUCUGGCGCAACUGCAAGCGGAGACGCAGCGUCAAAAGUUCACCGAGCAAGUGCACACUCUGACCGGCCGGUGCUGGGACGUGUGCUUCUCCGACUACCGUCCGCCAAGCAAAAUGGACGGAAAGACUCAGACGUGCAUUCAGGUAACGCUAAAACUAUGAAAUUCGCUACAUUCCUGGCGAAAAUGAGGAAGAAACGAUUUUUCGCAAAAAUUGCACUUUCAGAACUGUGUCAACCGCAUGAUCGACGCCAGCAACUUCAUGGUCGAGCAUCUGUCGAAGAUGAACGGCGGACAAGUCUAG